UCAGUAAUUUUCGCUUACACGGUCACACUUCUGAUGACGUUUUUUCGUAUUUUGAAGGGAAUGUAAAUGUGGAAAAACUGAGAGAUUUGCAACAUGCAAACAUCCACGACACGCUAAAAACUCUCCGAGUGCCGCCACACGACAAUCCAACCGAGAGGAGAACUCCGCACAGCUGGCGGAGCACCCAGAAGGCAGCAGGCGAAAGUUGCGUGGCUGUUGUUUCCGGAAGCGGUGGGCAGAGGGAAAUCCGAAGCAGUGGUAGUAGGGAAAGAGGCAUCGAAACCCACCCAGCGAAGGCGACCUUGGGAGUGGCAGCGGCCCAAUAUGCACAACAACUCCACAAAAACCAAGGAAAUGUUCAUCGUGCGUGCUCUAGAGAAGAUCCUUGCCGACAAGGACAUACGGCGCUCCCAUCACUCGCAGCUGAAGAAGUCCUGCGAUUCGGCGCUGGAGCAGAUCAAGGCGGAGCUAAUCAGUGCCGGCCAGAUCGCAGAGGGCAAUGAGCUGCCCUGUGCCGCACUCCCGCUGCCGAAGAAUGAUGCAGCGAGCAUCAUAAAUGCGGAGACCUACUUUCUCCCCUUCGAGCUUGCCUGCAAGAGCCGCUCGCCCAGGAUCGUGGUCACCGCACUGGACUGCCUGCAGAAACUCAUUGCCUAUGGCCAUUUAACGGGAUCCAUUCAGGACUCGGCCAAUCCGGGUCACCUGCUCAUCGACCGUAUCGUUGUGACCAUAUAUGGAUGCUUCAGUGGUCCCCAGACGGACGAGGCCGUCCAGCUGCAGAUAAUAAAAGCUCUGCUCACGGUGGUCACCUCGCAGCAUGUGGAAAUCCAUGAAUUCACACUCCUACAAGCUGUGCGCACCUGCUACGACAUCUAUUUGUCCAGCAAGAACCUGGUCAAUCAGACGACGGCACGCGCUACGCUUACCCAAAUGUUGAACGUGAUAUUUGCCCGCAUGGAGAACCAAGUGUACGAGCUACCACCUCCCAAUUCCAAUCCCAUCAACGGCAGCAUCCACUCGGAGGAUUGCAAUGGCUCGGGAGAGGAGUCGCUGCGGGAUUCCGACGAAGUAAUUGCCUCGGAACUGCUGGCAGAGAUCAUAUCAGCUGCCUACAAUGAGGCGAUGAAGGAUCAGGAAUCGGUCGGUGAGCCAGAGCCAACACAUAAUGGAAACGACUACUCCUCGCACUCGGAUCACGACAGUGUGGAGCUGCACAGCGAGAACGAUGCGGUGGUAACGGCUAAGUUUACGCACAUCCUGCAGAAAGAUGCGUUUCUCGUAUUCCGGGCACUGUGCAAGCUAUCGAUGAAGCCUUUGCCGGAUGGACAUCCAGAUCCGAAAUCGCACGAGUUGCGUUCCAAGGUGCUUUCACUGCAUCUGCUGCUGCUCAUCCUCCAGAACGCCGGGCCCGUCUUCCGCUCCAACGAGAUGUUCAUCAUGGCCAUUAAGCAGUACCUAUGCGUAGCCUUGUCCAACAACGGAGUCAGUCUGGUGCCGGAGGUCUUCGAGCUGUCGCUUUCGAUCUUCGUUGCCCUACUCUCGAACUUCAAGGUGCAUCUUAAGCGGCAGAUAGAGGUGUUCUUCAAGGAAAUCUUCCUCAACAUACUUGAGGCGAACUCGAGCAGCUUCGAGCACAAAUGGAUGGUAAUCCAAGCGCUGACACGGAUUUGCGCUGACGCCCAGUCCGUGGUGGAUAUAUAUGUUAAUUACGAUUGCGACUUUUCGGCUGCAAACCUUUUUGAGAGACUGGUCAAUGACCUUUCGAAAAUUGCCCAGGGUCGUCAGGCUCUCGAGCUUGGCGCCAAUCCGAUACAAGAGAAAUCGAUGCGCAUUCGCGGCCUGGAGUGUCUUGUCUCCAUUCUUAAGUGCAUGGUAGAGUGGAGUAAGGACUUGUAUGUUAAUCCAAACAUGCCGGUUCCACCUAUGCAAGUCCAAUCGCCGACAAGCACUGAGCAGGAUCAGGCGGACACAACUAUCCAAACGAUGCAUAGCGGCUCCAGUCAUAGUUUGAACUCCAAUCAGGAGCAACUGCAGGAUCUUCCCGAGGCAUUGGAGGAGCGCAAGAUGCGCAAGGAAGUGAUGGAAACGGGCAUUGAGUUAUUCAAUCGUAAGCCUCAGAAAGGCGUGCAAUUCCUGCAGGAGAAGCAGCUGUUGGGUGCCACAUGCGGGGAUAUUGCGCGAUGGCUGCACGAGGACGAACGACUGGACAAGACAGUGAUUGGAAACUACAUUGGCGAGAAUGACGACCACUCAAAGGAAGUGAUGUGUGCUUACAUCGAUGCCUUUGAUUUCCGCCAAAUGGAGGUGGUGGCCGCCUUAAGAUUUCUCCUCGAGGGGUUCCGCCUGCCAGGAGAAGCACAGAAAAUCGAUCGACUGAUGGAGAAGUUCGCCAGUAGAUACUGCGAGUGCAAUCCGAAGAACCAGCUAUUCCAAAGCGCAGACACCGUCUACGUGCUGGCAUUCAGCAUCAUUAUGCUGACCACGGAUCUUCAUUCGCCGCAGGUCAAGCACAAGAUGACCAAGGAGCAGUACAUUAAAAUGAACCGUGGCAUCAGCGACAGCAAGUCCGAUUUGCCCGAGGAGUACUUGUCGUCCAUCUACGACGAGAUUUCCGAACACGAAAUUAAGAUGAAGAACAAUUCCGGUAUGCUUCAACAGGCGAAACCCACUGGAAAGCAGGCCUUCAUCACGGAGAAGCGCAGAAAGCUGUUGUGGAACAUGGAGAUGGAGGUCAUCUCGCUGACGGCCACCAAUCUAAUGCAGUCAGUUUCGCACGUCAAGUCACCCUUCACCUCGGCGAAACACUUGGAGCAUGUCCGGCCCAUGUUCAAAAUGGCCUGGACACCAUUUCUGGCCGCUUUCUCCGUGGGUCUCCAGGACUGCGACGAUCCGGAGAUUGCUACACUCUGCUUGGAUGGCAUCCGUUGCGCUAUUCGAAUCGCCUGCAUAUUCCAUAUGUCCUUGGAGCGAGAUGCCUAUGUCCAAGCCCUGGCCCGGUUUACUCUCCUGAAUGCUAACUCGCCCAUCAACGAGAUGAAGGCCAAGAAUAUCGAUACCAUCAAGACACUUAUAAUGGUGGCCCACACGGAUGGCAAUUAUCUGGGCAGCAGCUGGCUGGAUAUAGUGAAGUGCAUUAGCCAGCUGGAGCUGGCACAACUGAUUGGCACUGGGGUGCGGCCCCAGUUUCUCUCUGGGGCGCAGACCACGCUCAAGGACUCGCUUAAUCCCAGCGUGAAAGAGCACAUCGGCGAGACGAGCAGCCAGAGCGUGGUGGUCGCAGUCGAUCGUAUUUUCACCGGCUCAAUGCGACUGGAUGGCGAUGCUAUCGUGGACUUCGUAAAGGCCCUGUGCCAGGUGUCUGUGGAUGAGCUUCAGCAGCAGCAGCCGAGGAUGUUCUCCUUGCAAAAGAUAGUGGAAAUCAGUUACUACAACAUGGAGCGUAUUCGUCUGCAGUGGUCGCGCAUUUGGCAAGUUUUGGGUGAGCACUUCAAUGCGGUCGGCUGCAAUAGCAACGAGGAGAUCUCGUUUUUCGCCCUGGACUCACUGCGCCAGUUGUCGAUGAAGUUCAUGGAGAAGGGCGAGUUCAGUAACUUUCGCUUCCAGAAGGAUUUCCUGCGUCCCUUCGAGCACAUUAUGAAGAAAAACGCAUCUCCGGCAAUACGAGAUAUGGUUGUGCGUUGUAUUGCCCAGAUGGUAAACUCACAAGCGCAUAACAUCCGUUCCGGCUGGAAGAAUAUCUUUAGCAUUUUCCACCUGGCAGCGGGAGACAACGAAGAGCCAAUUGUGGAGCUGGCCUUCCAAACCACGGGCAAGAUCAUUGGUGAUCUGUACAAGCGUCAGUUCGCCAUCAUGGUGGACUCGUUCCAGGACGCGGUAAAGUGCCUGUCAGAGUUCGCCACCGCCAGAUUCCCGGAUACCAGCAUGGAGGCCAUACGUCUAGUGCGUACCUGCGCGCAGUGCGUCCACGAGGCACCACAACUGUUUGCGGAGCAUGCCGGCAUGGAGAACGACGCCUCGGUGGCCGAGGAGGAUCGUGUUUGGGUGCGCGGCUGGUUUCCCAUGCUAUUCUCGCUUUCCUGCGUUGUCAAUCGCUGCAAAUUGGACGUGCGUACUCGCGCCUUAACCGUGCUCUUUGAGAUUGUGAAGACGUAUGGUGAGAGCUUCAAGCCCCAUUGGUGGAAGGAUCUCUUCAAUGUGAUCUUCCGUAUCUUCGACAACAUGAAAUUGCCGGAGCACGUCACCGAGAAGUCCGAAUGGAUGACGACCACCUGCAACCACGCCUUGUACGCUAUCAUUGAUGUCUUCACGCAGUAUUUCGAUGUUCUUGGUCAUCUGCUGCUGGAGGAGCUCUUCGCCCAGCUGCAUUGGUGUGUUCAGCAGAGCAACGAGCAGUUGGCGCGAUCUGGCACCAAUUGCCUGGAGAACCUCGUCAUUUCGAAUGGAUUCAAGUUCAACGAGUCCACCUGGGACAAGACGUGCCAGUGCAUCCUGGACAUCUUCAACGCCACUUUGCCGCAGGAUCUCCUCAGUUGGCGGCCGAAAGCACAUUCCAGUAACAAUAUACCCCAGGAGCACAACCACUUCGAGGCGCUGCAUAUCCGCUGCGUAGUCCAGCUGGAACUGAUACAGACCAUGGACAACAUUGUCUUCUUCCCGGCCACGUCGCGCAAGGAGGACGCCGAAACGCUGGCCCAGGCGGCGGCAGACUUAACAGGCGGCAGAAGCGGAUCGCAGUCGCAGCUGCUGGAAUGCCAGCGGGAAGAACAGGGAAUGUACGGCUAUCUGAGAACCCGCCAGCUGCUCACCCUGGCCGACUGUCUGAUGCAGUCGCACCGUUUUGCCAAGCUCUUCAACGCCGAUCACGAUCAACGCAGCCUGCUGUGGCGGGCGGGAUUCAAGGGAUCUGUUAAGCCGAAUCUGCUGAAGCAGGAGACCUCGUCGCUGGCCUGCGUCCUGCGCAUUUUCUUCAAGAUGUACGGCGAUGAGAAUAGACGCAGCGAUUGGCCCGGCAUCGAGCAGGAACUGGUGCAGGUCUGCAAGGAGGCACUGGGCUACUAUUUGAGUCUGCAGAGCGAGGCACACCGAGAUGCGUGGACAUCGCUGCUGCUGCUCAUCCUGACGCGCCUGCUCAAGAUGUCCGACGCAAGGUUUGCCACCCACGUUUCCAACUACUACAGCCUGCUGUGCGAGAUGAUGUGCUUCGACCUCAAGCCCGAACUGAGAAGUGUCCUUAGGCGUGUGUUCAUGCGCAUCGGUCCAGUAUUCAAUAUAAUGAGCGUUAAAUAGUCACGGAGGAGCCGCAGCCACCUGGCUAGCUGACUCGGCCAUGUUAAUAGAUCGAUUCCCGAUCCACCCGAUCCUCCCGAAAUCCCCUCAAAUCGUAGUUCAUAGUGCGCCCUCUGGUUCCCUCGGCUUUGUUGUUAUGUUGGCACUUAAUCAUGCAUACAAGUAUAUAUAUUUUUAUUAUAUUUAUAAACAAUACAUAGUCAGAAUGUAAUGUUUACUAGGUUUAACGAGAAAUGUUGUUGUUUUUAUAUAUAUAUAUAUAUAUAUGUAUAUGUAUAUGUACAUACCCCCGGGUAUGCUAUGUAAGGCUUUAACGUGUGCGUGUGUAUAGUUUCCUUCAGUUACGAAUUUGGAUUUUGUUUCCCCGGUGUAACCACACUCUAACAUUCACCCACUAUCGAUUAGUGUGUACCGUAGAAUAAUGGAUUAAACCAGCAUUGUGCGCAGCCUGUAUAUUGCUAGUGUUAAUUUAAAUCAAAAUCUAUAUAAAUAUAUAUAUAUAUUUCAAAUAUACAAUA